ACUCCGUAGUCCGUCAUCCGCCCAGCCAAAAAUAGCUUUUGUCUGACACUUUAGUCCUACUCCCUUUUUCACACACCACACGCACUGAAGGAUUCUCUCUGCCGCUUGCUGCUGAUCUUCUUGUUCCUUCAGAAUGUCUAAUAGGCACACUAUUAUUCUCAUGCAAACAUCUCAGCACAGAGCGACUCGUACUUUCAUGGAUUAUGAGUCAAUCAGUCAAGCAAUGGAUGGAAUAUGUGGACUAUAUGAACGUAAACUCAAGGAGCUAAAUCCAGCCUUGAGAAAUAUCACAUAUGAUAUCUUGGAUCUUUACAAUUUCAUUGACGGACUUGCUGAUAUGAGCGCCUUAGUCUAUGAUCACUCAAUCCAGGCUUACCUACCAUAUGAUCGACAAUGGAUCAAGCAGAGGACAUUACAACACUUGAAGAAACUGGCUCAUUAGUUUCUACCAUUGAGAUAAAUGUCUAAAUUGGGAUAUUGUAGUGAAGACUGGAAUUUGUCUAGUUGGACCAUCCACCAUUCCAGUCCUCCGUUUUGAAACUUUUCUAUCUCAUAUUUCCUUCUUGUGGAAAUACAAUGACGCUAGUGGCAUUUGACCUCGUCUAGUAUCGUGUUGCUACCUAAGCACUUUGGUAACUUUGCAUCACCUCCUUGAGAGUUGCUCCUGUUGGCAUCAUCUCUAGCCUCAAUGCAUAAAGUAUUGUGUAUUUUUAAGCCCAUGUUUCUUGAACAAGUUCACUCUGUCCCUUGGGAUUGGAAUGUUUAUCAGUCUAUCUUAGAUGUUAUGUUAGAGUAAA